AUGGCCACCCUCAUCCCCUACAUAUCGCGACGAACGGUGCGCUCCCUGCACUACCUCCAAUUUCGACCGCCGUACCCUUUCGUGAAGAAGGGCGAGUAUGGACAGCGCAAAGUUGGGCCGGUCAACGAAGAAAAGAAGCUAUGGCCCGGCCAGGAUAAGGAAUUCCCGGAAUUAUCACCGAAAUUUGCGCCCAAUGGAAAGAAGGCCAACCCGUACCAAUUGCACAAAUACACCGGUGUCCAAGCCGAGGGCUACGUCGACGCGAAGACUGGAGAAUUUGUGCGCGUCCCCGAGAUGAUGGCCGAGCUGGUGGUGCCGAAUUUGGAGGGUUGCAAGUUACGGCCUUACGUCUCCUACAGGACCGACGGCGAGAUCGCAAAGAUCCAGAAGGCGUAUGCGGCGAAAGUGAAGGAAAAAGGAAGCGAAGAAAUAGCCGACUUGCACACCGUCGAAUCGGAGCGAUGGCCGCCGCCAAAAAUGACGCCAAAGACCCUCUUCGAUAUUACUUAUGGUCGCGAAAUCCGGGAUUCCAACAAGAAAGCG